CCCCAGGCAGGUGGCGGCGGGGAUGGGCGACUGGAGCAUGCCCAUCGGCUCGCUGGGCGAGGAGGUGGUGGCCCGGCUCUGUGAGCUGCUGGAUAACGCAAGCCGGGGCUGGCGCAAGCUGGCCGAGGUGGCCGGGGUGGAGAAACGCUUCAAGUGCAGCGCAGAGGAGUUGGAGACGUGCUCGCUGAAGGUGCUGGAGCCCCAUGGCAGCCCCACGCAGUGCCUCCUGCAGCUCCUGGCUGAGCGUGACUGCACCCUCAAGUACCUGCUGGGCUGCCUGGAGAGGAUGGGGCACACGCGGGCCUGCCAGGUCCUCAGCAGCGCCGUCCAGGACAUGAUCCGCAUCACGGUGCAGCCGGAGUCGCAGGUGGUGAUGGAGGGGACACGGGUGUCCCUGACCUGCUGGGCAACCGGCCCACCGGGGCUCACGUACCAGUGGUUCUGCGGGAAGAGGGAGGUGCCCGGAGCCACGGCCCCAGAGCUGGUUAUCGACAAGGCCGCCCCGCCAGGCCAGCCCGAGUGGUACAUCUGCCGGGUGAACUGCGGGGCCGCCUUCGCCUUCUCCAGGUGGGCCCACGUCCAGGUGGAGAAGAGCAGCAGCCCUGGCUCAG